UUUUCUUUCAUUACCUACAAAACAUUAGUUUGUAACAGGGAAUUAUUGGAUCAAUGGUAUUCGGAAUUCAAUCCUGGGGAGUAAAGCAAGGAGGACCGAUGCUGGUUGCAGCUUACCAGCCUCUUGAAACGAUUAUAACCAUAAUCCUGGCGUUCUUCUUGCUUAGGGAGAGCUUAAACCUGGGAAGCCUAGUCGGUGGUAGCAUAAUCUUACUGGGACUCUACCUCGUCGUCUGGGGGAAAGAACGCGAGCAGAGAUUCGAUGCACUGUGUGUUGUCCAAGACUUCCAGGGCAUGGCAAACUUUGCUCCACGGCCGAGCAACUUCUCCGUCGGCAUGACAACUGAAAUCACGGUUGCAUCAUCGGCAACCAGAUCAGUCUUCGGGGGUCCGUUAUCAAUCGAGCUGCAAGUGGACAACGCGGACGACGAGGAGGAGGAGGAGCACGAUCCUGCUGCAUGGUUUGCAAACAAUGAUCAGCCACUCUCGAUGGAAAGGAGUGCUGCGUGGGUCUUCACUCAGCCACUCUUUGCAAGGGACGAUCACAGCAGCCAAUCCUGUCGAGCAGCGAAUGGGAGGGACAAGAACCAUAAGUUAGUGCCACUGUCGAGACAACGAACCUUGGAUGGUAGCAACUGGCUCGACGAAUCAACGCUGAAAGCAUGCGACAGUGAAGACGGCAAUAGAAGCCAUGUAGCUGACAACAACAGUGACUCCUCUGGCGAGAUGGCGUCAACCAGGAGCGAUUUCUCCUCCAAGUGGAACUACGGCGGAAGGACCAUGGCCAACUCCAGAGCCAACUCGGUCAGGAGCGUUCCGUCACGAUUGAGCGUCAGCACGAUUGCUCCGUCACGAGUGAACUCGGUCAGAAGCAUUGCCUCGAGGAUGGCCACCGCCAAAGUUUCGGACUCCAGCUCUGAGUCGGGGCAUGUCAACUCUUCUCGCACCAGCACUUCUAGCAACUAG